UGUGGAGGUCUUGGACAGUGCCUGUGGAGUGAGUAAGCUGAGCCAAGCUACCAUUGGUGGCAUUAACAAAAAUGGUUUUCAGGCUCUCACCAUGUGGCAGAAAUUGCAGCUAUACUACCAAGGGCUUCUGGGAAAUGGAGACAAGAGGACAGACAGUUGGCCUCUGGUCCACUCUCCUGUGCCUGUGGCUUCUAUCUUCCUGUGCUACCUGUUCAUUAUCUGGGUGGGACCAAAGCUGAUGGCCAAAAGGCAGCCCGUCAACCUCAAACCUGUGUUGAUAGUUUACAACUUUGCCAUGGUCUGCCUGUCAGCAUACAUGUUCUAUGAGUUCACAGCCUCGUCCUGGUUGGCGCGAUACAGUCUCCUGUGCCAGCCUGUGGACUACAGUGACAGCCCGCUGGCCAUGAGGAUGGCCAAAGUGUGCUGGUGGUUCUACUUCUCUAAAGUCAUAGAGCUCAGUGACACUAUGUUUUUCAUUCUGAGGAAGAAGAACAGUCAGCUGACCUUCCUCCAUAUUUACCAUCACGCCACUAUGAUCUUCAACUGGUGGGCCGGGGUUAAAUAUGUGGCUGGUGGCCAGUCUUUCCUGAUUGGUCAGAUUAACUCCCUGGUCCAUGUGGUCAUGUAUCUGUACUACGGCCUCGCAGCUUUUGGACCGGGAAUGACGAAAUACCUCUGGUGGAAACGCUACCUCACAACUCUGCAGCUGAUCCAGUUUUUCAUUGUAACCAUCCACACCACCUACAACUUGUUUGCUGACUGUGACUUCCCUGACUCCAUGAACGUGGUGGUGCUGGCCUACUCACUCAGCCUCAUUGCGCUCUUCAGUAACUUCUACUACCACAGCUACCUCGCCAAAAAGAAAGACAAGAAGACAUAGACAUAGAGAGAGACAGAGGGAGACCAAUCAGGUGCAUAUAACAUGCACACAGAAGGAGAGAAAAGAGCUGACAUGAAAGGAUUUAAAAACAGAAAGGUGGUGCGCAGAAGACAAAGGAGAGACAACAGAGGAGAUUAAAAAAAACAACGUUUGUUUGUUAUGUUAAUUUUUGAUGGUAAUUGCAGUUUGAUUUUAUACGAACAAAAACAUUACCAUAUGAAAACCUUUACGAUGACAUCUGAAAAUAAUACAGUGCAUUAAUGUUUAUAAUAAAUGAGAUUUGUCACCAUU